AUGAAGCUUGGAACUUCUCCGUUGGUGUUUGGAACAAGUGGUAACGAUGUUCUGGCAUUGGGUGUAUCUACUGGUCAGCUGAACUGGAGGGUUAAUGACUGUCAUCUCGGAAACUUAUUGCGAAAGUUCAGCGCUUCUUCUAGCAAAGCAAUAUCUUCUAUUUCCAUUUCACCAGACCUUUUAACUGCCAUCGUUUACCAAACGGCAUAUGCAUUUCUUGCAAUGGAUCACCCUGUUAUCUUCUUGGAUAGCAAGUGUAUUAGUAGUAGUAAUCCAGAUGAUGAAGUACACAAUUCUAAACCCACAAAGAUCAGCAUAUCUGAUGAUGAUGGAGUUUUAAAGAAACACAAGGGAGCAAUUCCUAAUGUAUUUGCUGCGAAGCUACAAACGAUUUCUGAGUCUGCUUGUGGUCACGUGUUUCUUGCCUAUGGUUUCCUAAUAAAACCAUCAUUUGAGAAAGUUCUGGUGCACUUCGGAACAAACUUAAAGUUAAAUAGUUCAGAUGAUGGAAUCCUUCUACCCAUUAGUCAAUCACACAAGUCAAAGAAAACAUCCAAGAUGCAGAAUCAAGUUACUGCUCUAGAUCAUACAAAUGCCGAGGGUGCAUUACUUCCUAAGCCCAAAGUUUUGGAUUUGAUGGAUGGAAAGAAUGGAGCUAAUUCUGUGGCAACUAAAGAUGAUGCUGAUAAAAUAGAUGUUGAUAUUGGAACACUAUGCAUGGAAGACAAGCUGAGAUCUUUAGGGAUACUUGGUAAUAUUGAUUCCACGCUUAGCUCAAUAUUGGAUUCAAAAAUGUUGAAGGGUAUUAAUCUUGAAGCUACUGUACCGUUAAAAAAGGUAAAGGCUGCAAUCUUAUCCAUGGAACCUGAUGAUGAUGCUUUCAACUCGCUAAAAAUCUUGGUGGAUGUUUGGCUAUCUAAGUGCACUAUUUUAAAUUUCUUAAUCGUAAAUUAUCUGUAUACGACAUGUUAA